AUGCUACCGAUUCAACUCUAUAUGACAUUUACUAUUAUAUGGCUGAGAGAACAACAACACAAUUAUUAUGCCUACAGAACACCGCUCCCCACAAAAGCCUCAUAUGAUUAUGUAGUGGUAGGCGCCGGAUCUGCCGGUGCUAUAGUGGCCUGUCGUUUGGCACAAAAGGGAAAAGAUGUGUUACUUCUGGAGGCCGGGGGUGCGCAGAAUUCCUUAACUGACGAUCACCCUGGUUAUUACCUACAAAACUUUGUCUUAAGCGGUCCAUCGUUUUGGCCAUAUUCAGUGGUCCCUCAAAAUGUGGGAAAGGGAUCGCCAGUGUUUCUCGGGUCAAUAAAAGGUCGGGUAUUGGGCGGAUCGUCCACUAAAAAUUUUAUGAUGUAUAAUAGGGGUAACCGUAAAGACUACGACAAUUUUGUGACCCAAUACGGGGCCACCGGGUGGGGCUAUAACGAUGUAAUGCCCUUAUUUAAGUUAACUGAAAACAAUACCGAUCCCAAUGUGAGCGGUAUAUAUCACGGACGUAACGGUCCCAUUGGCGUGUCCUCGGUGUCCAAUGUCUCUCCGAUUGAUAAAAUAUUUUUAGAGACCCUCUCGACUCAAGGGUUUUCUUACACUGACGUGAAUGGGCCCAUACAGGCGGGCAUUAUGUUACUCCAGUCCACUGUUAACAGGGGAUUGAGAGCAUCGACAGCCACCGGAUAUCUCGAGAGUAAUAUCUGUCCCACAGUUACUAUAGUAACGAAAGCAACUGUCAGUAAAGUCCUCAUCAGUUGGGACACGGAUGGAAAGCCUAUUGCAUACGGCGUUCAGUUCAUUAAAAAUCUCAUCACAUAUACAGUGUUAGCCAAUAGAGAAGUCAUUUUAUCAGCCGGUUCACCACAAAUACUAAUGUUGUCGGGAGUGGGACCUAAGGAUCAUUUGACAUCUAAGGGAAUCGCACCCAUUUAUGCGGACCUACCCGUCGGCAGCACAUACUGCGAUCAUUUGACACUAAUUAUGCCGGUAUUCCUAAGGCAAGAUGGUUUGGACCCUCCCUUUCCACAGCUUAUUCCCAAUCAACUAUAUGAGGACGACGUGUUGGGUGCCGGCCCGUUAUCACAGGCACCCAUACCUAUACAUUACUAUUCAACAAGUGUUAACCCCGAUAAGGAUUACCCUGAUUCCAAUAUCGACAUAGGUUUACAAGUUAAGUGGUUAACGUAUUUGCUAACCGUCCUUACCAUGGACACCUAUGUAUUUCUCCCUGCGCUGGUUAGACCUAAAAGUACGGGUACAGUGAGAUUGAACAGUACAUCAAUUUAUGAUAUCCCACUCAUUGAUCCCAAAUUUUUGGACAAUCCUAUCGACAAACUGGCAUUUAUGGAAGUGGUGUCCGACACCUACCGUUUCGUAGAGACAUCCAAAUUUUCGCAGUACGCUUACGUCAACCCACAACCCAUACCCGGUUGCAAAUAUUGCGAUAAAGGACCUGUAUAUAAAUGCACUCAAUAUAUAAAGUGCCAAAUUGAACAAAUGGGUUAUUCAUAUUAUCAUCCGGUGGGCAGUUGCAAAAUGGGUGACCCUUCCAGACCAGACACUGUAGUCGACCCCCGGUUACGAGUGAAAGGUGUGAAACAUUUACGAGUAGUCGACUCAUCCAUAUAUCCGACGAUAAUCAACGCCAACACAAACGCGGCGGCGAUGUUGGCCGGAGAGAAGGGCGCCAUUUUGAUUAGCCAGGACAACCCAUAA